GCUGUACUCAGACGAGCUCAGCUCGGUGAAGCCUCCCGUCUCCGGCGAUGUCAAUGACGCCUUCCAUGGGACGACGACGACUCCUCCACGUCGCGGCGGCGGUGGCCGUGGUAGUCGUAUCUUGCGCCGUCCUGUGUGCUGAGGCAUCGGUGCAUGAGUACUCCGGCGAGAGGUUCGCCAGCGUUGGCAAUGGCUUCGUGCUACACGGCGGCAGCGAGGGAGUCUACGCGUCGCCGUCGGCGGAGUCGUUCGUCCGCUUCGAGAAGGUCGCGUUCAGGAGGACGCCGGAGGCCGCGUCCGUGGCGGAGGAGGACGGCAACCGGACGGUGACGGUCACCGCGGUCAUCUUCGAGGCCGGCGACCGUGACGCCGUCGGCGGGUCGGACGUCGGUGGUGAGCGCGCGCUCUGCUGCACGCCGGCCAUGGCGAGGCAAGGCGGGUGCACCGAGGGGGCGGUCGUGUACCGCGCCGCGUCGUCGAGCACCAGCACCGCCGCGCCGCCGGCAGGCUCCGGCUGGCCCAAGGUGCUCGCCGCGUCGUUCCCCCCGGGCAUCCUCACGGCGGCGUUCCCCGACGAGACGGUCGCCGUGACGCGCACCGGGAUGUACAGCCUCCACUUCGUCCACUGCGACCCCUCGCUCGCCGCCGGGCAGGUGGCCGCCGAGGGGAAGACCAUCUGGAAGAACAGCCACGGCUACCUCCCGGGGCGGAUGGCGCCGCUCAAGCCGUUCUACGGCGGCAUGUCGCUGGCGUUCGCCGCGCUCGCCGCGUCCUGGUUCGCCCGGUACGCGAGGUUCUGGAGGGAGGUGUCGCCGCUGCAGAACUUCGCGACGGCGGCCAUCGCGCUGGGCAUGGUGGAGGUGACCACGUGGUACUUCGACCUCGCCGAGUUCGACGAGUCGGGCGUCCGGCCGGCGGGGACGACGUUCUGGGCGGCGACGUCGGGCGCCGUGCGCGGCGCGGCGGGGCGCGUGCUGGUGCUGCUCGUGGCCAUGGGGUACGGCGUGACGAGGCCGGCGCUGGGCUGCACCAGCGCCAGGGUGGCCGGCCUCGGCGCCGCGUACCUCGCCGCGGCGGAGGUGCUCGAGGUCGGCGAGAACGUCGGCAUCGUCAGCGACCACUCGCCGGCGAGGAGGCUCUUCUUCAUACUCCCCGUCGCCGUCCUCAACACGGUCUUCAUCUACUGGAUCUUCAGCUCGCUGUCAAGAACUCUUACUAAGCUCAAGGCAAGGCGGAUGACGGCGAAGCUGGAAAUGUACCGGAAAUUCACCAACUCGCUCAUCAUCACCGUGGCUCUGUCUCUCGGCUGGAUCACAUUUGAGGUGCACUUCAAGUCGACCGACGAGCACAGCGAGCGGUGGCGCGUAGCGUGGGUGAUCCCGGCGGUGUGGCAGCUCAUCUCCUUCGCACUCCUCUGCGCCAUAUGCCUCCUAUGGGCGCCAUCUCAAAAUUCAAUGAGGUUCGCCUAUUCAGGGGAGGAGAGCGAGGAGGACGCGGACCACCACGACGACGAUGACGUGGAGGACACGCGGCCGCUGAUUAGGCCCGGGCCACUGUCCUACGUGGACAACUGGGCGUGCUACGUCACGCAGGACGCCAAGAUCAUCCUGAGGACGGACUCCGGCGUGUACGCCAAGGCCGGCGAGGAGCUCAAACGGGUGUGACGAGCACCGACUCGGCAGCAAGAAGAGCUUACUGCUACACUGCUGCUACUGGUAGCAGGAUGGGACACAAAAAUGUGCAACGGAUUAAGGAAGUGGUUGAUUAGUUUAAACACGAUAGGUAUACUGUUAACCGGUUCGAAAUCCGAGCUAGGUGGGUAGCUUAAUUAGGGGAAUGUUGUUGCAAAAAUGUUUGAUUUGGGGGCAAGAGAUGCAGAUGUGGAGCGUCACUGAGCCGGCCCUACCUGUGUUGUAUAGAUCGUUGAACUAUAAUCACCGUCAUAAAUCUAGUUAUUUAAUUCAUAAAUCUUUUUA